AGUGCAUAUAUGUAUCUUGAAAAUGAAUAAAAACAAGUUACAAAAUUAGUAAACUGUUUAACUUUAGAAAAAUAUGAUGAUUACAAGGAGUCGAGUUUUUGUUUUAUUUGUGUUUAGAGUUUUUCUUUUGAAUAAUGUCACUGGCAUAAAAGUCUUUGAUGAUUCUUUAAAAGUGGUACAUGGGGAUGAAGUUGUACCUCACUCACUUCCAUAUGUUGUAGCUCUAAAAACAGUGAUCGAUGAGAAGGAAGUUCAAUGUGGAGGAUCACUGAUCCAAGCUAAUAAAGUUUUAACAGCUGCAUAUUGUGUCUAUGGAGCUGAAACAGUAGAGGUAAUUUUGGGUGCACAUAAUUUGACAAUUGUGGAAGACACUCAAGUACAUCUUGAAUCCUCUAACUUUACGGUUCAUGAAGAAUAUGAUACCGAAAAUCAUUUAAAUGAUAUUGCAGUAGUAUACUUAUCAGAAGAUGUAACUUUAACAGCUGAAAUUCAAAGCAUUAAUGCUGAAAAUGGCGGUGAUUUGAUAAAUGCAGUGACUGAUAUGAUCAAGGGGUUCCCACAAAAUGAAAUUAAGAUUUGCUACACUACCCACAAUAAAGAUUUUCUAGAGCAUCUUGUAAAACAGUUUGAUACAAAAAGAAUUAGUGUAAUGCUUUUUAAUUUAUCUACUAUCGAAACACAAGAAAAGUAUUAUGAUACUAUAAAAUACAAUAUGGAAAAUAACAAGAUAUCAUACACUGUAUUCUUUGGAUCCCAUAAAUUUUAUGAACACCUUUUAAUAGAGAUCAAUAAUCGAAAUUUUAUACGAAGAAACUUAGUUUAUAUAUUUAACUGGGGUAGACAGGCCCUCACUGGUGCGUUUCUUCAGAACAUCCAUCAUGCUAUGAGAGUCUUCAUUAUCACCAAUCCAAGAAAUGACGCGUUUAGACUGUAUUUUAACCAAGCUACAUCACAUAGAAAACACCAUCUGGGUAUGGUGAACUGGUGGAAUCAGAAGGGUGGACUUUUUACUCAUCCAACCUUGCCCAAUAAAAAAUCAGUUUAUAAAGAUUUUCAUGGAAAAGUGUUAAAAGUUCCAGUUCUACACAAACCUCCAUGGCAUUUCGUAAAAUAUUACGAAACAAACCACACGUUCAAAGUGCUUGGUGGAAGAGAUGAUAGAAUUCUUUCUUUGCUAUCGAAGAAACUAAAUUUCAAGUAUCAUUAUUUUGAUCCACCUCAACGCAUCCAAGGAUCGCCCAUAUCCGAAAAUGGUACAUUCAACGGCGUUAUGGGCCUAAUGUUGCAAAGAGAAGCAGAUCUUUUUAUUGGAGACGUAGGUAUCACCUACGAAAGAUCUCAUGCCGUUGAAUUUUCCUUCAUCACAUUGGCAGAUAGCGGAGCUUUUGUAACACAUGCCCCAAGCAGACUCAAUGAGGCAUUGGCUUUGUUAAGACCCUUUCAAUGGCAGGUAUGGCCUGCUAUCGGAGUAACAUUUAUUAUAGUAGGUCCUUUUCUAUACGCGUUGAUCGCUUUACCUAACUUAUGGCAACCCAGGUUUAGAGUUAGAUCUCAUGCCAGACUAUUCUUCGACUGUACAUGGUUUACCGUAACAAUAUUGUUGAAACAAACUGGUCGAGAACCAAGUUCUACAAUCAAAGCGAGAUUUUUUAUUAGUCUGCUGUCAAUUUCGGCGACUUACGUUAUUACUGACAUGUAUUCGGCCAACUUGACUUCCUUACUAGCUCGACCUGGCAGAGAAAAAGCUAUAAAUAAUUUAUAUCAACUUCGAGAUGUUAUGUCCACUGCAGACUACCAUUUAUAUGUCGAAAGGCAUAGUCCUUCUUUUUCUUUAUUAGAGAACGGUACAGGAAUUUAUGGCGAAAUCUGGAACAUCAUGGAACGAAAACAAGAAAAAUAUGUCGUGGAGUCGGUAGAAGAAGGAGUUAAACUAGUGAAAGAUAGAAAAGAUGUCGCUGUGAUGGCGGGCAGGGAAACGUUAUUUUUCGACAUUCAACGUUUUGGUUCAGAUAAUUUUCAUCUCAGUAAAAAACUAAACACGGCAUAUUCAGCUGUAGCUUUACAACUAGGGUGCCCUUACAUUGAAGAAAUUAAUAAAAUACUAAUGGCAAUCUUUGAAGCUGGAAUUAUUACCAAAAUGACGGAAAAUGAGUACGAAAAAUUGGGUAGGCAAAAAAAAGUUGCAGCGCCCGUAACUGAAGGUACUACUACAGUACAAGCUGGCAAAAAAGAGACUAAAAGGAUUGUUAAAGCGAGUGAAAAUAACGAGAAACUAAAACCAAUCAGCUUGAAAAUGCUUCAGGGCAGCUUCUACUUAUUAUUAAUUGGACAUUUGUUUUCCGGUUUGGUCUUGAUAGCGGAGAUACUUUUCAAGAAGCAAUAUGGCAAACUGAAACGAAAGAAGAAGAAAAAUGUAAUGCUUCAAAAAUGCAUAAAAAGAAUCAGAUUCAAUCUACGCAACUUUAAAAUGAGAAUUAUAAGAGCAUUUAAUAAUUUUAUGCACGACGCCUUUACACAAACUCUAGAAUAUAUUGAGUAACUGGCCACUUAUUAUUAUUUGUUUCAUCAUUAUUUUAGAAUUAUUUCUAAUAUAUCAAAUAUAAAGGUGAGUCUUAAAUAAGCGCAAAUAUUUUCAGGGGUGGUAGAUCUCGAUAAAAGAAACAUAUUUUCUCUACCGUUUUUCAAAGAAGUCAAAAAUAACCGAGUUAUUUAAGUUCGAAAAUUUAAAAAAAAAAUCUUUUUUUUUUGAAAAAAAUUUGAGAGCCACUGAAUUUUUUCUGUAAUUUGAUCUUCUAAUUUUAAUCUACUACCGAUGUUGUCACGUUUUUAAGAUAUAUUUUUUAACUGAAAAUUUAACAAUUUCUCCCAAAUAUUUGUAUUGCAAAGGCACGCUUCUUGUUUAAUGGUGUUUGAAGUUGUAUUGUUGUUGUAUUUAGAAGAAAUAAUUACUAACUCUGUCACUUGAAGAAAAUAAAUAAAACAACUUGAAUAUGAUGUAAA